AUGUCUGAGCCACGUCCAUACGAAGAAGAAGAAGAAAAGAAAGAAGAAUCAGUUUAUGGUGCUGAAUUAGACCGUAAGUUAAGAAUGUACGAAAAUGCAAUCCAGAUGGAACGUUACUACAUUUGUAAUGCGACACUGAAAUGUGGACAACUAUAUCAAGUCCACUGUGGUCUGAGUUCUGCAAGAAACUUUGAACUCGCCGUGAAAAUUGAGUACAAACCUGACAAUACUGGAAAUGUUCAAAUAUCAUUGAGCACAUUUGAACGGCCGAUGUUCGUGAAUCACUUAAAAUGGUUUAGGUUUGAAACGUUGGAGGCAGCAGCAGCAGCAUCAGUGGCAUCAAACGUUAAACUUACCUGUGACGAAAAUAUUGAAAUCUCUGGACUUGUAUGUGAUGGAAUCAAGUUUGUUACACUGUCCAAUGGUCAUGAUACUUUUUACUUUACACAACAAGAAAUGCAAGAAUUAGUGAGAAUUGACUCGACUAUUAGUUUUAGAAUUGAAAUAUUAAGUCCUAUCAAUUGUUUACACUAUUAUAAUAAUGUUCUAGAUACUAUAUGCGUCUUACUUAAAAACAGUAAGCAUAUUGUAUCUCCUAUAGACGUACUAAAGUCUUUUUAUGACAUAACAUCAAAUUCUAUUGAAGCGUAUUGUCUCAGAGAAUGUUUAUAUUUCAAUAUUGAUAAAGUAGGAUAG